AUGCCUUCUCACAUCUGUUUAUCACUCAAAACAUUACAUUGUCACAAUCGACAGGAUUUUUCUCUCAAAUUAGUAACGAAAGCAACGGCCAAGCAAUAUAUCAUUGAUAUUCAUUCGGCUUUUGAUCGUUUAAUACCGGCACAUCAAGCCGACUAUGUUCGGUGUCGACUUCUUGAAAUAUUUGGUGGAAUGUAUGUUGAUAUUGACAUUGUAGCACUUCAAUCUUUCAAAAAAUGGUAUGAUUAUUUGACUCAAUAUGAUAUUGUCGGUUACAGUUGGAAGCCAGAUGGAGAUGAAAUAGGUAACAUUUUCUAUAUUCGUUCUCGACUCAAUUAUAAACUUGAUCCAUAUGAAACUAUUUUACGUUAUCGUCAUAAUGAGAAGAUGCAGAACCUAACUCGUAUUCUCUGUUUAAUUCUUACAUCAGCAAAUACUCUUGUUACAAGAGCACGAGCUGUUCAUGAAACAUGGGCAUCACGAUGUGACAAAUAUUAUUUUAUUUGUGAGACAAUACCAAAAAACCUAACGAAUAAUGAGAUUCAACUUAUCAAAUCUAUGUCAAUAGCACCAAUUAACAAUACUCUACCUGGUUAUGAUCAUUUAACAUUAAAAUCAAGAUUAGGCUUUUAUUUCGCAUAUGAGCAUCAUCAAAAUGAUUUCGAUUGGUUCGUUAAAGCAGAUGAUGAUACUUAUUUAAUAGUUGAAAAUUUAAAAUUAUUUUUAAGUAAACAAAACACAUCUGAACCAAUUACAUUCGGCUAUAAUUUUAAGGUAAUAUUUAAUUAGAAUCUAAUUUAAACAGCUGUAUGUUCUUAGAAAAAUUAAUGAAAUCUAUAGCUAUUGAUUAGGAUGAAAAAAGAAAUUACGUAAAAUUGAAGUUUGAAAAAUUCAAUGAAUUGACUUAUAAAUAGACAAAAAUACAGAGCUGAAUAUGAUUCAACUGGAAUUGCAUUAUAUCAUGAAAUUUACUAUUUGCAUUCACUGUUCUUCGUAUAAGUAUGAGUUAUAAAAUCAAAUGAUAAUUAAGAAAAAGAAUGUGUAAUAACUGUUUGGUGUGAUGUAUACAAUAUCUUUUUGAAACAUCACAUUUCUUGUAAUGAAUUCUGCAACGAAAGACAGAGAUAUAAUAUUACGUUUAUUAUGUCACUAUUCUUAUCAGAAAAUAAUAAAACCAUUCUUAAACAUAGUAAAUUUAUUUUCAAGUAAGGUGCCGGCAAUGCGAAUUUCAAGUAAAAUUUUUUUUUCGCAUUUCGUUUACAUCAUUUGAUAGAGCGUGAGCUGCUGAUCACGAAAACCUAAUUUUUAGCCUUAGCAAAUGGUUUCUUCCAGUCGAAAAAUACGAAAUACUAGAAAGAUGUCGAUUUUCGAGAAAAACACGUCAUUUCUCGAAAUGUGCAAAAUUUUCUACUUUGCUCUUUCUUUUUGCUUCUGAAAAUAAUUUUUUCAGAUUCAGUAUCAAAAAUUGAAUAGGAAAAAUUUCUUAAAUCGACUCAAGAUCGAAAACUCUUUCGGUGGCGGCGCUUCAAAUCGGGUCGAAUGUAUCACGUAUAGGUCGAUUUUGUAAACCUAUCUAGUUUUUCUACGUAAGCAAUGUAGCCAAAUAUUUUAUCUCAUUCGACUCAUCGUACCACCAGGCAAAAAGUUACGUAUCCUUUUUUUUUCUUUCCUUUCCUAUGUUGAGAAAUUUCGUAUUUUUCGACCGGAAGGAACCAUUUGCUAAGGCUAAAAAUUAGGUUUUCGUGAUCAGCAGCUCACGCUCUAUCAAAUGAUGUAAAAGAAAUGCGAAAAAAAAUUUUUACUU